CCCCGCCCCCCUCGAAUCAUCUCAAUGAGAUGCAAACAUGAAAGACAAGAGGAAGAAGAAGGACCGCACCUGGGCCGAGGCUGCCCGCCUGGCACUGGAAAAGCAUCCCAAUUCACCAAUGACUGCAAAGCAAAUAUUGGAAGUAAUUCAGAAAGAAGGGUUGAAAGAAACAAGUGGCACUUCUCCAUUAGCUUGUCUGAAUGCAAUGCUUCAUACCAACACUCGUGUUGGUGAUGGGACAUUCUUCAAAAUUCCUGGCAAGGCAGGACUCUACGCACUCAAGAAGGAAGACACUACAUGCCCAGCAGAUGGAACAUUGGAUUUAAGUUGUGAAUCUGAGUUGGACAGCACUGAAAUGGCUGAGACUAACAAUAGCAAUGGGGAAGAAAAUGGAGUUUGUCCUAAGCAAGCACCUGAAGAACUGUCUUCCAUUCGGGACUCAAGCCUUACAAAUGCACCAAUGCAAAGCAAGCUAGUGUCUUCCUUCCAGCAGCAUACCAAAAAGGCACUUAAACAGGCUUUGAGACAGCAGCAGAAAAGAAGAAAUGGAGUCUCAAUGAUGGUAAACAAGACUGUUCCUCGUGUUGUUUUGACACCAUUAAAGGUGUCUGAUGAGCAGUCGGAUUCACCUUCAGGGUCUGAAUCUAAAAAUGGUGAAGCAGACAAUUCUGAUAAAGAAAUGAAACAUGGGCCAAAGUCUCCAACUGGAAAACAAAUGAGCCAGCAUUUAAAGAGAUUAAAAAAAUCUGGUUUAGGACAUUUGAAAUGGACCAAAGCCGAGGACAUUGAUAUAGAAACACCAGGAUCUAUUCUUGUGAAUACCAAUUUGAGGGCUUUAAUAAACAAACAUACAUUUCUUUCAUUACCUCAGCAUUUCCAACAAUACCUCCUGCUUUUACUUCCAGAAGUAGAUAGGCAGAUGGGAAGUGAUGGAGUUUUGCGCCUCAGUAGUUCCGCUCUAAAUAAUGAAUUCUUUGCAUAUGCAGCACAAGGGUGGAAACAGCGAUUGGCAGAAGGAGAAUUUACACCUGAGAUGCAGUUGCGCAUCAGGCAAGAAAUUGAAAAGGAAAAGAAAACAGAACCCUGGAAAGAGAAGUUCUUUGAAAGAUUUUAUGGAGAAAAGUUGGGGAUGUCAGUGGAAGACUCUAGGAAGCUUACAUCAGUACCAAAUAAUGAAGAUGAUAAUAAAUCCCUCUCUGGUUCUUCGGAUUUGCCUGGUCCUUCAAGAGAGCCCUCUUUUGAUGAUCAUGAAGAAAAGAGCAACCAGUCACCACUCUUGCCAGAGAGAGAUUUCUGUCAGACCCUUUGCAACAUGGAGCAUGUUCCUGCCAAGGAUCUAAUGGCAGAAACAGAAGACAUUUUGAUUCCAGAGGAAUCCAUUAUUCAAGAAGAGAUUGCUGAGGAAGUUGAGACAAGUAUUUGUGAAUGUCAGGAAGAGAACCAAAAAGAACAUGUGAAUUCAGAACAACCAGUUAGUCCAGUUGGUACAAAUGAAGAAACAGAUCCUUUACCACUUACAGGGAAUUCUGAAUCAUUUAUUGUGAUGAAUGAUGUAUUAAGUCCAUUAUCUCAUGUUGAAAUUAAAGAAGAGGAAAGAUUGGAAUAUCCCCAGGAAGAAAUGCCAGUCAUAACAAAUCAGAUAGAAAGCAGUUUAUCACCUUCACAAUCUGCUUCUUCCUCAAAUUCUGUUAGUAAUGUGGAAGAAAAAGAUUUGGAAUCCAUAAAAGAACUUAGUCCUCAUGGAAAAUAUUCCCCUGUCCUUAAUGGUUCCUUAUUCACUGGCGGAGGUGUUGCAGUACAUAUGGAAUUGCAGAGUAACCCUGAUGAACUGUUAUCUGAAAAUGCCUGUAUUUCUGAAACAUCUUUUUCUGCUGAAAGCCCAGAAGAACCAUCUGCCAGUUUUGCAUCUCCUGGAGGUGACACCCAGUCUACUUCAGAGGAACCUUCUACACCAGUGUCUCUUGAAACUGUGUGCUCAUCAGACAUGUCUUGCACUGAAACCACUGAAACUGAUACUCAACAAAAAUCUGUUGAUGAUAAUCUGAAUACAUCUUUAAUUUCUGAAAUAUCUCCACUGCCAGCCUCACCUGUAACAUCAGAAGCAUCUCUGUUGUCAAAUUUGCCCCUAACUUCAGAGGCAUCACCAGCUUCUAAUUUACCUUUACCAUCAGAAACUUCCCCAAUGUCUGAUUUGCCCUUGACAUCUGAAACUUCUUCAGUGUCUUCUGUUCUUUUAGCUUCUGAAACAUCUCAUUCAAAUAGUUUACUAUUACCUUCAGAAGCAUCUCCACUUUCAAAUUCGCCAGUGAGUGAAAGAUUUAUUCAGCAAAGAAAAUCGUUGUGUUUGUCUGAAGAAUCCUUGUCACCUCUGAAAGAAGAAAUCUGUGGCAUUCCUAAUAUUCCACAAGAAGAUAAUAUUCCAUUACAACAAAAUUCAUUUCAAGGUGUACCUGAUGCUAUGAAAGCUGCCAUAUCUGAACCUUCAAUAACAGAAGGAUCCCAGUCCAGAAAUCUUACUAAUCAAACCUGUAGGUCUCAAACUGAAAUAGAGAACCGUUUCAUUUCUCCUCUUGCAGAAAGCUCUUCUCCAGAAGGGAUAAAAAUGAGAAAUCAUGGUAGCCAGCAAGGAUCUGAAAAUAAAAGUGCAAUCUCUCAACUGGAAGUAUCUGUCUUAACAGAAGUAGCAGAAUGCAAAAAUAUUGAAUCUCUUCCAUCUAAGUCCCAUGCUAAGUUAUAUACCUCAACAUCAUCUUUAGAAAUUGGCAGAAAUAAGUCUCAUAAACUUCAAGGGACUGUUCAGAAUCGGUUUGAAAGUUCCUAUUCUUCAAAAUCAAGUGAAGUUACCAAGUCACAUGAAGUAAGAAAUGAAAGCAGGGACCUGGAGAUUCCAAAGAGGAAAACAGCUGAACAUCACAGUUUUGGAAUCUGUAGAGAGAAGAGGGCUAGAAUUGAAGAUGAUCAGAUCCAUCGUAAUUCAUCAACAAAUUCAUCUGAAAGAGAGCCACCACCUAGAGAAGAGCCCAGAGUCCCGCCCUUAAAGAUUCAGCUCUCAAAAAUUGGCCCACCUUUCAUCAUCAAGAGCCAGCCAGUCUCCAAACCAGAACCUAAGGCUACUCCAAGUACCUCUGUGAGCAGUGGGAGAAACACGGGGGCCAGAACUCUUGCAGAUAUCAAAGCGAGAGCCCAGCAAGCCAGAGCUCAGAGGGAAGCAGCAGCAGCUGCUGCAGUUGCUGCAGCCGCAAGCAUUGUUUCUGGAGGGCUAGGGAGCCCCUGUGAAGGUGGGAAGACCCGAACAUUGGCUCACAUCAAGGAGCAAACAAAGGCCAAGUUGUUUGCAAAGCACCAAGCAAGAGCCCACUUGCUCCAGAACAACAAGGAAAGCAAGUCUCAGCAGGCCUUGAAAGAAGCGCCAUCAGUUGUGGAGAUCUCUAUGGCUUCGGAAACAAAGAUUGAAGGAUCUACUGGUGUAAUUAUAGUUAAUCCUAACUGUCGGUCUCCUAGCAACAAAUCUGUUCACCUUCGUGAAGCUACUGCUUUGCUGCAGCACUCUCUUAAUGCCACUACUUUGCCAGAAACUAGCACUGAUAUCCCUGUUCAAAAUUCUGAUGAAAGCAUAUCUGUGCCUCAUUUUUGUGAGAAAAUGCUAUCUUCUACCUCUCCAGAAAGUAUUUCAGUCCUAUAUAACAAAAACUCAGCUCCUGGUUCUGUGUGUAGCACUGCUAAGUCGGGAACAAUUAAGGAACUUUCUUUUGCAGGUGCAGUUGAUAAGCCCUCUGUUUUAAUGUCUGUUGAAAGUACAGAUGCAAAGACUAGCAAUAUAACUAUGCUGAAAUCCGUCCAAGGGGCUGACAUGCCAUGCGUUACUAUUGUGCCAAAAUGUCAUGAAAACUCCGGUCCUCCAGCCACAGCCAACACUACUGUCUUGUCAGAUUCCUUAGAGGAGAAAAUAUUACCAAUGCCAAGUAGCAAUGCAACUAGUGCAAUUUCAAGUCAGUAUACCACUGUGCCAACUUCAUCUAUUGCAAGUAAUUUAUCAGAUCACCUGUCUGGCAGCUCUGUUUUGAUUCCUCCAGGGGGAUCUAUAAGUAGAUAUCCUUCGGAUAAGAUAUCCCUAACUGGAUGCAGUGACCCAAGUGCUUUGUCAAACAACAUCUCUGUUAGGGCAGCUUUACAUGGAAAUGAGGCACUUUCAGUAGGAGAUUCCAUUGGCAGGACUUCCAUUUCUAUAUUUGCCAGCAGCAUGAUGACUGUAAAUUCUUAUGAUAAUUCCACCAAACUUAGUGCUGAUGGCAUAGAAAGAAAUUUGGGGAUGAGAAGCCAUUUAGAUAUGCCUGGUAAACCUUCAGUAGGAUACAUACAGGCACCUGCAAAUAGAUCCAUUCCUUGUAAAGUCAUUGUUGACCACACAAUGACAACAAUGAAUUCAAACCUGUCUCUGGGUCUUUCCAGUGAAAGUGCAGAAAGUAGCAUGGAAAUGCAGAACAGGCCGAUUAGGACUGAACCUGCUUUACAAAACAUAACAUGUCCGCAAGUAUCCGUCAUAAGUAGGCCAGAGCUACUUAGUCAUGAAAAUUUGGAGCCCAGCUCUGGUUUUAACAAUGGUCCAACCAAGCCAGAUGGCAAGCAUUUACAAGCAGCGUGUACUGCUCUUCGAGAAGUGCCUCUUGGGCCUCAAGAUAAGCAGUUGGAUGUUGUUCCUUCUACCCAAGGUUUUUCAGAACAGUUUCAAGAUCCUUUAACUUUCAAGAGGGAAGCAGAAAGUAUCUGUACCAACCCAUAUAAUCCUAACAGCCGAAUCUGUUGGAAUGACAAUGAGGCAAUGAAUACUGAGCAGUCUUUGGUCAGUCGGCCUAAUCCAAGUAAGCAUAAGGAAUAUUCAGAAAAUAACUGUUUAAAAAAUGUGAAAACAGAGCCUUCAGGUUUGAUACAUCUGCAUGAGAUGCAUACAAGAAAUGUUGUGACAAGCAUAGCCUUGCCUGUUAAGUCAGAAGGAAAUGAAUCUGACAAAUGCUUUAGGAUGGAUACAGAAUAUUUUGUAAGACCUGAAAUGCCUGUGCAAACUGCAGAAAUAGCCCCAGGUUCACAGCCAGCUCAGAACUCUAAGAGAUCCGUAACCAAUUCCAUGGAGCACUCUUUGGCACUGACAACAGAGACGCUGAAAAGAGUUUCAACUGCUGGAACCUCAAGUUGCCGCUUGUCAUCAGUAGAAGCCAAUAAUCCUCUAGUGACCCAGUUACUGCAAGGCAACUUGCCAUUGGAAAAAGUAUUGCCACAGCCCAGGUUAGGGGCCAAACUAGAAAUCAGUCGGCUUCCUUUGCCUUUGCAAACUACCUCCAGGUGUAAAUCAGCCACAUCCGAACGAAAUACAAUUGAAAAUCCUUCCAGCUCCCCAAAUGCAGAUGGGAGAGAUUUUACAGCCACAAAUAUACUCCCGCUGCAAAUCCGCAAACGUGAAAAUCAUCCCAAAAAGAGAGUAGCCAGGACAGCUGGGGAAAUUAAAUGUGAGCCUGGGAAGUCUUCAGUGGAUUCAGAUAUUAAAGUGGCUCCUUGUAUAAUCACUUCUAGCAUGAAUCAACUUGGACAUGGUCAGCUAUUUAAACAGGAGUGGCCAAGCAAGCACACCAUUCAAAGCAGAAUAGCUCACAGUCCAGAGAUCAAGCAGCAGAAAAGGCCAUUGCCCUCAUGCAGUUUCCAGAAGAACUUAUUUAGUGUAGAGAAAAAUGGCAGCUUCCACACCGAAGUGAGUUCUUCCCAUCAGCCGCAUUUCUACCAAAUGCCAAUGGCUGCCCGAGGCCCUGUUAGUACAGCCACUUUGAUGCAGGCAACUUUAAAAGCCCCAUCUGGCUGCGGUUCCUUUGCUUUCAGCAGGCACCUUGAGCAGAAGGCCCUGGGAGAGGCCAAUAUGUCUACAGCACCUCACCAGCUGAGACUGGCAACUGUUUUUUCCCCAAACGUUCAAAUUAAAGAAAGUGAUGACAUCCCCAGUGCCUCGCAAACUCUGCAGAAUAAAUCAUUAGUGCAUCCCCCACCCCCUCCCCCCCCUCCCCCUCCCAAUGCAGAAGCUCCAUCUGAUCACAAACAACCAGGAGUUACUAUGGAAACCACCAAAAGACUUAGUUGGCCUCAGCCGGCAAAUGUCUGUAGCAAUAUAAAAUCAGAACCUGUUUCUUUGGAGGAAGGCUUAAACAGCAGCUGUGAGCUAGGCAUGAAACAAGCUUCCUACGAUCAGAAUGAAGUCAAAGAACAGUUGAAAGCUUUUGCAUUGAAAAAUGCUGACUUCCCUUCCUAUUUACUUUCAGAAUCACAGAAGCCUUUUGCCCCAUUAGCUGCUCCAAAAAUACAGGUGCAGCAGCAGCAGCGUGGAAAUUACCCUACAAUACACUUUGGUAGCACAAGUUUCAAAAGGGCAACCUCUGCCAUUGAAAAAUCUAUUGGGAUUUUAGGGAGUAAUUCAACUACAAGCCUACCUAUUCAAAAUGCCCAAAUCCCAGUUCAGAAAUUUGCUGACAGCAGCAGUGCAGAUGAGUUGGAACUGAAAUGUUCUUGCAGGCUGAAAGCCAUGAUAGUAUGCAAGGGCUGUGGCGCCUUCUGCCAUGAUGACUGCAUAGGUCCUUCCAAAUUGUGUGUAGCUUGUUUAGUUGUUCGAUAGAAUCCAAAGCACAUUGCUUGUUAACACAGGAAAGCAAAAGAAAAGAAUAACUGGAAUUCUGUAGGCCAUAUUGUAUAUGGAUAAAAAAAGUUGCCUAGGGAUGCUUUGGAAUGGAGUGAUUUUGGCUUGCAUGGCUCUCCCUGGUAAUUCCCCUUUAAGAAGUGUCCAGCAUUCUUAUUGUCUUAAAAUACAGCAUUGUUCAUGUCUUAGUGCAUAAUUUUAUUUUUACCAUUUACUGUAUAAGUUGAUCUUCCCAAUGAAAAGAAUGACAAAUUGCUCAAUGUCCAUGUUUCUGUACAUGAAAGAGCACAUGAAUGUGGCACAGCCAUAGCCCAUGAAGAAAAGAAAAAGAUCAAAAAGAAUGAAAGUCAGGUUCCCUUAGCACACAGGUGUCAAACUCGAUCACAUCACAUGAUAUAUUGUGACAUAUCGUGAUGUUUUUUGCCUUUAGGAGGCCGGGAUGGGCAUGGCCUACGCGUGACACAUCAAGCCCACAGGCUGCCAGUUUGACACCCGUGUCUUAGCAGAACAUCAUUGCAAUGGCCAUUUGGCAGGUUUUGCACACCUGGAGCCAAGAUUGCCUGCAGUGAUUGACUUUGAUCCAUUGGCAGCUAAUGUGGGUAAUUUGAUCCCUUUUAUAAGAAGCUGUUAUACUGAAGUAGAUUAUAAUUAAACCAGGCAACAGAUAAGUUUUAAUAAACUAGAAUCUUCAUGGCUUUAGAAGUUCAGGGGAUGGGAAAUAAGUACAGCUAUUGUAAUAGAAUUUAUUAAUUCAUUUAUCUUCCUCAAGUUUCACUUAUAAUUUUGUCCUAAAAAGAUAUUUAACAUAUAUUCAUAGUAUGUACCAUUUUAUAUCUAAAUACGGAUGUUUUAAAAAGUGAUACCAUUUUCAAAGUGAUUCUUUGUUUUUGUAGAUUCAAAAGAGCAAAGCAAUUAUAUGAUUUAUAGUCCUUUUAAAUAUGUUUACAACUUGGGAUAUUUUAAAGUAACUUUUAUUUUAAAACUUUUUUGUCUGUUAACCCAGCUUACCCCACAAAUAUUGUAUAGCCUUGUAGAGGAAUGAAGAGAUUUUAAAGGGAUACUAAAUCUUACUCUCAAUAUUGUAUUUACUAGUAGUUUAAGUUAGUUAUAUACAAAAUAUGUAGCCACCAAAUUAUUUGGGAAAAACUAUAGUAAUUGCUAAGUUCUUUUUACUGAUAAGGAAAGUAUUGUAAAGGGUUAAAAAUAUGGAACUUAACAAGAGGAGAUGCAUGGUUAUCUUAAAAGUGAGGGAAUGAACAUAAAAUGUAAAAGGGAAGCAACUUGCAUGCUAUCACAUGAAUUUAAUCACCAGAACUUAAUAAAUGUUAGAGAAAGAUAUCCUGCUUACCCACACAGUAGAUCCUUACUAACUUCAUGCCUGGUAAUCCAUUCACAAAACAGCUAUUUUCCCCCACCCCUUGUUUAAGGCUUUUAAUAGCAAGAUGCUGCAAAAAAGGCAAGUAGUUCUUAUUUGAAACAAGCAAUUUGACAUUUAUUUUAUAUUCUCAAGUGUUAACAUAAUGAGGAUUUUAAAAAUAAGUAUAACAUUAAAAUAUACUUUAGGGUAUUAUAUGUAUUUUAUCCUCUCUUAUUUUAAACAAUAUGUAAGACUUCCAGGCAUUUCUAAUUAUUAGUAAAGCUCUACUGUUUGGACAUUACACUUUUGUGGGACCAUAUUAAAAAUGAAAUUCAUUUUCUUCUUUUCUUUAAUGAGCUGGAAUAAGCAGGUUUACAUUCCCUUAUUCAGAGAUCUUGUGACUUGACUGGAUUGGAUUCCUGUUCUGUUUUCAUAGCAGACGUAGUAACAGUAGUCUUGAUCUUCUAUGGUAUAAGCAAAUUUACACCACUAAAAAAUUGCCUUACUAAAGCACUCAUUUUAGAAGAUUUAUGCAUAUUUCAGCACUUUCAGGUACCCGUGGAGAGAUUAUUUUCAAAAUAUAGAUUUAAAAGGCACGUUUUUGUAAAGUUCCAAAUAAAUGGAUGUAUUGUUAAAGAUACAUUUGUCUCCAUAUUAGCAAAAUUCAAGAAGAUCUUUUUGGUACAAUAAUUAAAUAUAGCAAGUGAAAUUCCAGAUUCAGUAAUUGUGAACAGUUUUUUAGAUUGUCUUUUAUCAGUCCUAAAAAAGUGGUAGCUCCUAUAGCAUGCCAUAGGACAUUUGAGCACAAUUCAGAGAAAGUUAAGCACUUAUAGUCACAAUCUUAGGCAUUCUGGCCUGCAUUGAAUAUCAUAAACAUGCAUGGGAUUUGUCUGCAAGCAUCUUAGUCUGGAAUGAAAAUUUGGAGUGCCUGGGUGUCUCCAGAUUAUAUCAUUUGUUUAUCUGUGGUGUGGCUAACGUAGCAUUAAAACUUUCUGUUUGAACUAUUGGAGUAAGGGGAGGACCGGAAACUAGAUGUUCCUGAAUCUCAGCACUUACUUGAUAACGGCGCUCACAUUCUUCCUUGAGCCAUAUUCCAAACAGUGUUUUCUCCCAGGCUCAGUUUACUGACCUCUGAUAGUAGAUAUAAUCUUAGAUGGGAAAAUGUGAUGCCUCAUGUAUACGCAGUUAUGUUUGACUGAUAAACAGCAGGCAAAAGAAGCCUUAGAAUUACUUUGUGUACCUAUUUUGCAAUUUAAUAUCUCCAUCUAUAUACAGGUAUUCCUCAACUUAUGACUACAGCAGAGCCCCAAAUUUCUGUUGCUAAGCAAAACAGUUGUUAAGUGAAUUUUGUCCCAUUUUACAACCUUUCUU